GGGGAGGCAAAGUGCUAGAUGAAGAGGGGUUUUCUUCUCCUUCGGCCGCGGAAACUACAGACGGGAGCUGGCGAGGGUGGUCUGGAAAGGCGGUAGCCGGUGUGUUGGUGGUCCCGGAACCUCUCGUAAACCAGAAUUGGAAAAUAUUUAACUCUUAACAAAUGAAUUCCCCACUUGAACUCUGCCGAAUUCCUGUGCCACCUCCUCCUUUAGAAAACUGAUCUUAAUACAGAGAUAAAAGAGGAGUAGAAGGUAAAAGAAAAUGCUGGGAACUGACCGUUGUGUUGUGGAAGAAUGGUUAUCAGAAUUCAAGGCAUUACCUGACACUCAGAUCACCAGUUAUGCAGCAACUUUACACCGGAAGAAAACACUUGUACCAGCCCUCUAUAAAGUUAUUCAAGAUUCAAAUAAUGAGAUACAGCCUCCAAGAGUGCCUCUGCUGUGUACUGGAGUGAGUUUGAAGAAGUUCAGCUCCUGGAGCCUGUCUGCCAUCAGCUGUUUGAGCUCUAUCGUAGCUCAGAGGUUCGACUUAAGAGGUUCACACUGCAGUUCUUGCCAGAAUUGAUGUGGGUUUAUUUACGGCUUACAGUUAGCCGAGACAGACAGAGUAAUGGUUGCAUUGAAGCACUUCUGUUAGGAAUUUACAAUUUGGAAAUCGCUGAUAAAGAUGGGAACAAUAAAGUUCUGUCUUUCACUAUCCCCUCCUUAUCCAAGCCUUCAAUAUACCAUGAACCUUCAACAAUUGGAUCCAUGGCUUUGACAGAAGGGGCAUUGUGUCAGCAUGAUCUCAUCAGAGUUGUUUAUAGUGAUCUUCAUCCUCAGAGGGAAACAUUCACUGCACAGAACCGGUUUGAAGUCCUGAGUUUUCUCAUGCUGUGUUAUAAUUCUGCUAUUGUAUAUAUGCCUGCCUCAUCUUACCAAUCUCUUUGUCGGAUGGGUUCCAGGGUUUGUGUGAGUGGCUUUCCACGGCAACAUGAAAAACAUUGGAAAGAACUCUGUGGUCGAAUAGUAUUGGAUCCUGAAUUUAUGGUGCAACUUCUCACAGGGGUUUAUUAUGCCAUGUAUAAUGGACAGUGGGACCUUGGCCAGGAAGUUCUUGAUGAUAUCAUUUAUAGAGCCCAGCUAGAGCUUUUUUCUCAACCACUAUUGGUUGCCAAUGCCAUGAAAAACUCAUUACCAUUUGAUGCUCCUGAUUCUACACAAGAAGGCCAGAAAGUCCUUAAAGUUGAAGUCACUCCAACAGUGCCGAGGAUUUCUCGGACUGCAAUUACAACAGCUUCAAUCCGUCGUCAUAGAUGGAGAAGAGAAGAUGGCUUUGACUUCUCAAACGAGGCUGACUCGAGUAUUCCUGGCUCCCCGAUCCAACACGGCUCCACUGACCUAGGGAUCAAACGUGUGCAAGAGGGGGAGGUGCUGGUGCGCAGGACCCCUGAGCAUGGCUCGCCGGAGCCCAACUCAGCAACAGCCACAACAGAGGGUGCUGAGGGUGUAAAUGGAGGAGAGGAGUCUGUAAACCUGAAUGAUGCAGAUGAAGGAUUUUCAUCAGGGGCUUCCCUCAGCAGUCAGCCAAUUGGGACCAAACCAUCCUCCUCUUCUCAGAGGGGAAGCUUAAGGAAAGUAGCAACUGGGCGUUCAGCCAAGGAUAAAGAAACAGCCUCUGCCAUCAAAUCCAGUGAGAGCCCUCGAGAUUCAGUAGUUCGCAAGCAGUAUGUACAGCAACCAACUGAUCUUAGUGUAGAUUCAGUUGAGCUGACACCAAUGAAGAAACACCUGAGCCUGCCUGCUGGCCAGGUGGUGCCAAAAAUCAAUAGCUUAAGUCUAAUCCGGACAGCCAGUGCUUCCUCAAGUAAAUCAUUUGACUAUGUAAAUGGCAGUCAAGCAAGUACCAGCAUUGGGGUUGGCACUGAGGGAGGUACUAAUUUAGCAGCCAACAAUGCUAAUCGAUACUCAACUGUCAGUCUGCAGGAAGACCGGCUAGGUCAAGCUGGCGAAGGUAAAGAGCUCCUCAGCCCAGGAGCCCCCUUGACCAAGCAGUCUCGAUCCCCAAGUUUCAAUAUGCAGCUAAUAUCCCAGGUGUAGUUUUGACAUCCUCCCUCUUCUUUCUGCUUACCUUUUAAACUGAACAUUUCAUUGUGCAAGAAGACACUUCAUCCCACAUUGUGAAAAUAUUGGUCACUGUUAUCAGAUUUCAUUUAGUUUAGGUAUCUUCAUACUGUAUUUUGUAUCAAAACAGCAAUAAGGUUUUCUUUAUCCCUCUUUCCUACAUCUUCUCUUCACCUAUUCCUUGUAAAUGUGUUUGUGAAGCAGUAUAAAAUGUUUGCCUUUUCCAUGCCUUCCUUUCUCCUUGGGUGAUGUGCAAUCCAUCGUAGGCUGAUCGGUCCCAUUUCAACACUGUGAGACUGAGGAUACAUUAGAGGAAAUGGUGUAUAUGAUCCCUAUGAAACGAUUCUUUGGCUUUUGUUUAAAAACAAAACGGGUUUGUUCUCAUAAUCUAUAGAACUAUGAAGAUUACUGGAUCAUAUUUUUUUCUCUUAACCAGGAGUGCCUCAGAGAUUCUGCUAUGACUUUGGACUUCUCUGAGUCUGUGCAAUCAUUUUCUGGAGAAGCAUGGGGAAAGGUGGUAGACUGCUGCACUUUUUCAUUAAAAUGAGGGUAGCUCUUUCUCCACCCCCCCAUCUCCUUUAUCCCGAAGACAUAAAUGUUCAAUUACGGAGGCAUUUAAAUCAAGUUGUGACCACCUCCAUUGGAGGGCAGGACUCUUGAUUGUGUAAUUGAUAAUGCACUUUCUCAAUGGCUGUAUAGUCAUUAUUAACGUGUCUUCCCUCUUCCCCACAAGGACAUAUAAGGUCAUUUCUGUCCUUCAAGUUUGGCCAACUAACAAAUCAGAAUCUGAGGGGCAUGUUCUAUUUCCCAGGAAUGAUUGACACUUUGGUGCUGGGGUUUUGUGGGGGCGGGGGGUAGUUUUUGUUUAGCUUUUGUGGAGAUUGUGUGUGUGAGAGGAGAUUUGAUUUUUUUUUCUUCUUUUCCUUUGUGAGCUGAUGGCUGAAGUGUAACAGUACAUCUUCAGGUAAAGAGAGGGAUUUCUCAAUCUACUUUCUGUUAUGUCAGACUAUAAGAGAAACCCUUUCAGCUGCUUUCUAGAUGUACCUAAAUUCAGUCAGAUAUUUUGGAUUAAGAAACCUAAAGUCCUGAUACAUUACAUACUCCAAGGAAAUAUAUCAGGGACAGACAAUUGGCUGAAACACUGAUACUUCAAUGUGACACAUUUUUAUAGAACAUUUCUACCAGGGGGUACUGACCUUGAUUUCUCCUACAAGGACCACACUGCCUUUGUGUUUAAUGUAAUGCAAUUUGUGUACCUUCUAAUCAUAUAUCUGCAGUUCCUCAUUUUUAUAAAACUUUGAAAUCAUGCCAGUAAGCUAGAUGUUGAAUGUAUGUAAGUAGCAUUUGGUAACUGCUAAGAAGUUACAAAAACAUUAUUGGUAAAAAAAAUUUCCUUAGUUCUGAUCUGGUUGGAUAAGAUUUUAUCAUAACUUUUCUGGGUCUCAGGCUCUGAUGUUUGAAAAAGAAGGGAAUAUAUUGGGUUUUAAAAAAGUGUAUUGUGACUUAAACUGUUAUAAGUUAUCCUUCCACAGAAUACAUCAGAGCUAUCAGUGCUUUGUACAUUUAGAUGUUUUUACUUGAUUAUUGUUUAAGAAAAAUAUACUGAAUUUAUAGAAAGCAAGUAUUCUCCUAAUUAGCAAAAGUUAAAAUUUUAUCUCUACCAUUAAAAUUAUAAUAGAUUUUGAUAAAUAACCAGAAAAACGCCUUUUUUUUUCACACCUAGCAAUCCCCCCGUUUUUAUUGUAAGGACUUUCUUUUUUCCCUAAGAGACUUUCUGUUAGACUCUUUAUAUAUGAGAUGCUUGUUUAAAUAUGGUGGUCUGUAACAUUUUCCAGCUCAUGUGAAAAUGGAAAACUAGAACCUGAACUAGUAUCUACAACAUUGCCAAAGUCCAGGGUAAAGCUAAAAGUUGAUAAGUAGACAAUUUAUUGAUUUGUGUGUGUCUGUGUGUGUGUGUGUGUGUGUGUGUGUAUGGUGUGUAUAUGUAUAUAUCACAAAGUUGUAUUUUAAAUAUUUUAAAUACCCUUUCUUUUAAUUUAACUAAGGGAUGUCAAAUAAAUGAAAGGAGUUUAAAAAUAGCCAAAAUAAAUGAGCUAUAAAGGCCCAUAACAUACUAAAACAGGCAGUUUCAGGUAUGUAAGGAAAGGAACAUUAUAUUUACCUAGAAAGUGAGAUCUAAAAAAAAAUAAAAAAUAAAAAAUAAAUAAAUAAAAAAUAAAAAAGAAAGUGAGAUCUUGGCUAUGGCUGGAGGUCAGUCACUUUAUGGCAUAAAUUAUUUGGAAGGUAAAAAGACUGUUUUCAAUUCAAAUUGUGCAUUUAUUGGCAUCUAAAUCUAGCAUGAUUUUGGUUAAAGCACAAAAGAAAUACCACAUAAUACCAAAUUACAGCAAAUGUUAGAAUAAAUACAACAAAAUUUUCCUUUGGCUAGAAAUCUUAUACCUGAAAAAUUGGUUUUAAAAAAUGUUCAUCUUGGCCGGGCGCGGUGGCUCACGCCUGUAAUCCCAACACUCUGGGAGGCUGAGGUGGGUGAAUCAUGAGGUCAGGAGUUCGAGACCAGCCUGGCCAACAUGGUGAAACCCUGUCUCUACUAAAAAUACAAAAAAUUAGCUGGGCGUGGUGGCAGGCGCCUGUAAUCCCAGCUACUCGGGAGGCUGAGGCAGGAGAAUCUCUUGAACCCGGGAGGUGGAGGUUGCAGUGAGCCAAGAAUGCGCCACUGUACUCCAGCCUGGGCAACAGUGCAAGACUCUGUCUCUGAAAAAAAAAAAAAAAAAAGUUCAUCUUAGAGGAUUUUAUUUAUCUGUAUGUAUAUACAUAUAUGUUUGUAUGUAUACAUACCCACAUUAACAUUUUAUGACCCUGUAACAUUUGUUUUCUAUUCUUUUAGGUGAUGUGAGUUGACCUCAGUGAAGAAACAUUUCAUUUAGUCUAAGCCUUGCAUUCAGGGUCUUACAACAGAUUUCUUGUGCAAGAAUUAUUAUUAGUUAAAAUGGAAGGUGUUAGUUUAACAAACUGAGUCAAAUUUUCUAAGUUUUUAAAUAUGCAUUUUAACAUGCAUUAUUUUUGGCAUUUAAUUUAAAAUAGUUUUGUUUCAUAUAUACAACAGCUGUUACAGAUAUAUGCCAGCAAUAUUCAUACUUUUUUAACAAGCUUUUGUUAUAUAUUUUCUAAUCUCCAUAAAAGUCUAAUCAUCUAUGAAAAAGAUAUUUAGGGAGAAAAUACUUGUUUUCUGUAAUAAAACAAUUAGGUUGGUGCCAUGUAUGCCAAGUUGGAUAAAAGAAUACAAAGAAACAGCUGAAGGUUUUGGGAGCUCGCUCUGACAUUAAUUACUAGAAAGCAAACUAAAAUGCAAAGUGAAUAGUUAACUCAGAAGAUUUGAUUUUUUGAAAUAGGGUCUCACUCUGUCCUCUAGGCUAGAGUGCAGUGGCACUAUCACGGCUCACUGCAGCCUCAACCUCCCUGGGCUCAGGUGAUCUUUCCACCUCAGCCUCUGGAGUAGCUGGAACUCCAGGCAUGCACCACCACACCUGGCUAAUUUUUGUAUUUUUAGUAGAGACGAGGUUUUGCCAUGUUGCCCAGGCUGGUCUCGAACUCCUGGGCUUAAGAGAUCCACCCACCUGGCCUCCCAGAAGUGCUAGGAUUACAGACAUAACUACCACACCUGGCCUGAAGAUUUUUAAAUGUGAAAAUAUUUCAAGAAGCUAAGGGGAAAAUCGUUAUUUUAAAAUCCUGAUCCCCUUAACUUUACCCCUUACCAUUACCCUUACCUUUCCAAUUCACUUUUGUCUAUUUAUUAUAGAAUCAGAAUUGUGCUAAGAAGAAACCCUGGAGAUAAUCUAGCUAGUCUCCCACUCCCUCACCCCAACCUUCAUCCUCAAGAAACAGAGGCUCAGAGGUUGUGGUGUGAUCAAGAUCAUAUACCUAAAGCAGAGCCAGAAUCAAACCCAGUCUCCCAUGGGUUUGGGGAGGCAGUGGGUUGUUAACUCCAUUUUUGCAGUUUCUUUAUAGUUCUGGUCUAGUAGUUGGUGAAUACAACACAUUAAGAAAAGUGUUAAAUCCAGAAAAAAUGUAGAGUAAUCUAGAUGGGGAAAUGUUGGAAAUGUUAAGUAUGUCUACAGAUGUAAGGAUCAACACAUUAUUCUAAUUUAUGCCUUACUAUUUUCUGCCACAUAACAGUUGUAUGCUGCCAUUUUAUAGUUGAAUACAUUUGUUGGGAUUUAUUUAAAUAUAAAAUAAACCCAGUGAAAUGGCUUUGAUCAGUGUUUUCUAGUUAUUUUAAAGUAAUUUUUGAGUCAGCCAGCUUUCAGUCACCAGUGUGGCAAGCUAAUUAUAUUGCACAAUAGAGUAUUGCAAAGUAAAGAUUAAAUAAAUUUGAUUCCAUUACUUUUUAAUGUAGAAAGAGACUGAAUCUUAUGCUUAGAGCAAAUGCAAGCAAUAUUUCCUUAUAUGAUUGAAAAAGGUUCUAUAGUGUGAAGCUUAUGAUUCCAUAAUGGAACAGUGACCAUGAUGUCAUUUAAAGUGUGUAUAUACCAUAUAAAAUGUCUUAAAUGCGGUAGUCUCAGCUAUAUAAGCUCAGUAUUUCCAGUCUGUAUUCUCAGAUUCCAUCUAGUAGCUUUAAAUUAAUUAAAAUUGUUUAUUAGACACUGGAAUACUGAGAAUAACUUCUUUCAGAUUGUUUUGUUUGCACUACUUUUGUGAAUAUUUUAAUGAAGUGGAGUCCAUUUUUGAGUACUUCAGUUGUUGACAAUCAGUUGUCUCGUUUAAAUCUCUGCAUGUUCAUUUGUAAAUAAAAAAUGUAGUACCUGUCUUUAGGGGUAGUCCCCUAUUUAUUACAAACACUGGCAAGGAAUAUCUCUCCAUUUCUGACCUUGGAUUACAAAGUAUGUUUUGGGUUUUUCUUUUUUAAUCAGUAUUUCAGUUACAUCUUUGUUUUCAGCUUUAAAAAGUUUAACGGGUCAUGCCAAUGAUCAGAAAAUCUGUAAGAAUUUUAGAGCAAUUUUUCUACCUACGGCUAUGUUAAACAGUCUGAACAUGAGACUUUUUCUUUCAAGUUGAAGAUUAUUGUCAUCGUUUUACCACUAAGUUGGUUGAGACACUUACUUGUAAUACUUUAAUUUUUUUAAAGUGUUUUUAGAAACAAGUUGUUUGAAAACCAAUUAGAAAUUAGAAUAUUUGCCAGAUUAUAAGCAGAUGGAAUGCAGUGUAAAACUGUUAACAAUGCUAAUAAAAUUAUGAGUCAUCAGAUUGGUACAGUUUUCCCUGCCAAGAUGGUCAUAUUGAUAAUGUAAGACAAAUUUUAGUAUUACUUGCAUUAUGUGUACCUAAUAGGUAUAUCAUACUGGUACUGAGCAUAUAUAGAAAAUACUAUUCAUAGAGGAGUCAUCACCACCCAACCUCCUUGCCCGUGUAGGCAUAUUUCUUCUGAACCUGACCACACAAGUACAACAUUUUGGUAACUUCAGUCUUUUCAGUAUUUUUGUAAUCUUAGCCAUAGUCCUAUGAGAAAUGUACAUAAGAGCAAACAAUUCAGGAUAGAAAUUAGCAGAAAGCUGGGAAUGAUGUGAAAUAACUGGCAGCAUAGUACAGAAAUGUAAGGUAUAUGUUUUGCUUCUGGAUUUUUAGAAAUUGUGCUAAUCAUGUUUACAAAUUAAGGCAUAUUCAGAUGUCUGCUAUUAUAUUUAAUAUUGAUUUGAUAAAAAAAUGGAAUUAGAUGUAGCUUAGAGUAUAAAUGAGUCUUUUUAAAAAUGUGUAUCUGGAAGUAGGUCUAAUAAAGAAAUCCUUUUAUUUUCAAAGAAAUGAACUUAAUUGGACAACUCAUCCCCAAUUACAGAAUUGAUAUCAAUAUGGUUUGCUGUAUUUGAGUAUAAACAGCUCAGUGUUAAUUAUAUCAAAGGAAGUUCUUUACAUGUUCAUUGAUUACAAAAUUUACCAAAGAAAAUGUAUCUACCAAAUAUAAUUUUUAAAGUACUUGUUAAGGAAUGAAGCCUCUUUAACAUAUAAAGUAUCUUAAAAAUAUUCUCUGACCUGGAAAAUAGGUUUACAGUAGCUACAAGAUUCCAUUUUAGGUUUUCUUAUGUCAAUAAAUGUCAGUAUUUUACACUUCCAGCAAAAGUACCCGUUAAAGACUAAAUCUAAAUAUUAUUCCUCAUAGCACAGCUUCUGGUCUCCUUAAAUUAAGGAUCCUACUCAUCAGGAUUGAAUAAAAAGGGGGAAAUUGCUAAAAUUGGUAUAUUGUAUAAUAUUGUGGGUUAAGUAAAAUUUAGGGGGGCAUUAUGGAAAUGUACCUAUUUUAAAGGGCAGUGGCAAUUACUAUAAUAUUGGUUAAACUGGUAAAGUUUGUUAAAUAAUUUAUGUCCAUGAUCAUUCUGAGUGUUUUUUUUCUUUGCAGAAAAACAGGAUUGGGUUAAGAAAAGCUAAAAUACUCAUUUUUAAAAAAUGUAUAGCCCAAUAAGAACUAAAUGAUUUAUUUCAACAGUUAAAUAAUUUUUUUUGGAAAUCAUGAAAUGUAUUUGCAUAUUGAUGUUCCAAACAGGUUUUAUGUAUUGUUUUUUAUAGCAGGUAGUAGUUGAAAAGUAAUGAGUAUAUUGAUUAGCUGUCUUGGAAAGAGAGGAUUGGCUUUCUAACAAUCACUGAUACAGGUUUGGGUUUGGGGGGGUUUGUUUGUUUGUUUGUAAGUUUUAUCAUCCAUACUGAAUUGAGAGAUAAGCUCCAUGUUUAAAAAUAUUUGUAAUAAGUUCAUCUACUUGACACUGAAUCUUUUUUAUUCUUACUCUAAAAUUAUUCUGGCUUUCCAUUCAGUUUAAGUGGUUAAGUGAAACAGUUUUUAGGGUGCAAAAAUUAUUUUCCCACUGUUUUUCUCAUGAUAAUUUGAGUCUCCUGAGCUAUAAUUUCUGAAGGAUUUUUACUACUUUGGCAUUAUGUAAUCUGAUCUCUGUCACAAUGAUAGUAAAUAAGAACUAUCUCACUUUCAUAUGUUUGCUUCAUAAAAGGAUAUGGAAUGUACACAUCAGCUCUUUUUUUUUUUUUAAACUAGCAUCAACCUAUAACUUGGUAUAAACUUCCCAAGUAUUUAGAGAAUAGUGCUGGUGAAAAUUUAAAUAGGAUAGGCAUAUAGAAAUUAUGACUUGUAUUGAGUGAUGUCCUUUCAACCUAGGACUAGUGACAACCUUCAUUUUUUCAGAGCUGAAGAAAAAACCAUGAAUUUAAGAUCAUAUUUAUUGGUGCAUGUAAGCCAUUAUCCUGUCUUAAUGAACCGAUUAAUGCUGUUGAUUGUUGAAAUGUGAAAUGUAGUCACUGUUGACCUUGUAAAUAUCUGCCAGAGAUGAAAAAAUAUUUUAAGUUAUUGUAAAUAAAGAUGUAUAAAAUUCAGUAUCAGUCUGCAAUGCAGAAACAUAUCUUAGAUGUUAAAAUACUGUGUUUGAGAGAUGUGUAAUUUACCCUUAGAUGUAUCUAGUUACAUUAAGAGUGUAAAUUUUUUUGUACAGUAUAAAAAUACAGCUCUAUUUGGCUUUUAA